AUGGCUUUGUCUCAUCAGCACUGGUGGGAGAUGCUGCUGCUCCUUCUGCUCACAAAUGCUUUUGUCCUUCUGCCCUGGGCUGGGGCUGGAAGGAUCAUUGAUGGUCAGAAAGUGAAGCCCCACUCCAGACCGUACAUGGCUCAUUUAAAAAUUCAAAGAGGAUCACAAACUAGUUACUGUGGAGGGUUCCUGAUUCGCCCAGACGCCGUGCUCUCAGCAGCUCACUGUGUGGAUAAAGAAGGAGUGAGGGUCACUGUGACUCUGGGAGCCCACAAUAUAAGGCUCUGGGAAUGGAGCCAGCAGAAGAUCCGUGUUGGACACUGGGUCGUGCAUCCCAAAUAUUCCCGUGUUGGCUUGAAAAAUGACAUUGUGCUGCUGAAGCUGGAGAAAAACGCCCGGAUCAAUAAGAAUGUGCAGAUUAUCCCCAUUCCUGAUGAAAAAGAAAGUGUGAGAGAAGGAGCUUUAUGUAAUGUGAGUGGUUGGGGCUGGACAUCCAUGAAAGGGCACAAAUCUAAUGUGUUGAUGGAGGUAGAACUGAAGGUGCAAAAAGAGGAAAUAUGUCAGCAGCGCUCCAGUAACUUCCAGCAUCAGUCUAUGCUCUGUGUUGGUGAUGAAUGCAGUAAAAAGGCAACUUCCAAGGGUGAUUCUGGAGGCCCAUUAGUCUGCAACAAGAAGGCUCAUGGCAUUGUUUCUCAUGGAUAUGGAGACUGCCUCUUCCCUGAGGUAUUCACCAGGAUCUCACACUUUGAGCCCUGGAUACGUGAGCAGCUGAGGAGGUUUGCACUCCAAGAUAUUCCUGGCUCUCCAUCCUCUGGCUGAAAUGCUCAGUGCCCCUUCUGCACAAUGCAUCCAACACCUGCUGGUGCUCAGAAGCUCCCAGGGGCAGCUGGAGGGGAGUCAGAGAAGCCCCUGUGGUGCAGGCACAGGCUUUGGCACUGAGGAGAGUCUCCAUGGCAAGGUACAAAUGCAGCUCCCAAGCACACCCAGCUUCCCAUUGCUCCCCUCCUCCCACUGCUGCUCCAGCUCUGCUUCUGGCCAUCAAUAAAAGCAUGUUCAAACUC